AUGGAAGAAAGCAGUGUUACCGGUCUCCUUAAGCCAGUCAGCUCUGCUGCGUUGAGAGUGGAAAUCGUGGUUUUGCAUCAAAAUGUAAAGACAAAAAUUCAAGAUUGCGAUAGAUAUCAACAAAUGUCGUACGAUUCCAAGCUCGGAUGUCAUAGCGAAGUCUACGUAGCUUUGCUUGGAUACAGUGAAUUGGAGUCGUCGCAUGCACUGGACCAGACCAUGAAGAAAGAACGAUGUCCCGAAAUGAGUUCUGCUCCAGCCUGUCUCAGCCCUGAUUCUCCUAUUUUCUUUCCUGUUGGGGAUCCUUCUUACUCUAAAGGGGUGCUGUUCAUAGCUCUUCGCAUUGUUGCACUUCACUUCGCUCGCCUUCGCCUUAGUAUAUCUUACGAUAUACUCGUCCUCUUGUAUUAUAAUACGCUUCGCGACUACCUAAAAGCUCAUUCUGACUCUUCGACUUUUACAAUGGGGACUGAACUUCGUUCCUUUAGCCCUGUGAGCUUAGCAGCUACUCUUCGUUUUAUUAUAGGACUUCCUCAAAGCCGCGUAUUACAUCUCCCCCUUUCGCCUCUUUGGCAGGCGCCACCACGUAGGAGCUUCUUUACUUUAGGGCUUAAACCAGGGAUGAGUGGGAGAAAGCAGUCCAAUCUUUUCAUUCCUAUAUGGAUGAUAGAACCGCCUUCGACUGGUCAGCAACGAAGAGAGACGGGGUCGUCGAACAAGUGUCCCUGCUGUUGCUCCUCUGGUGAAUUUAGAGAUUCAAACCCACAGAAUAAGUGGAAUCUCAUGCCAAACUGUGAGGGAGGAUCCUCAGGACUUAGAGAACUACCUGGGAUGCUUUACAAGCGAUAUUCCAAAGGAAUGGGAACAUUGGUUACCAUGGGCAGAAUAGUGCUCCGUUUGGGCGGGAGCUCCGGAGGAGGCUUUCUUCAAUCAAAGAUCGGCAUAAGAGAAUGCUCAUGUUCAAUGGCUCUAUAUGAAUUAGCCGUUUUUGAUCCCUCCGAUCCCGUUCUUGAUCCAAUGUGGAGACAAGUUCGUUAUACCCUUCAUGACUCGUUUAGGAAUAACAGGGCGGUUGGAGUAGGAAGCAAAGCGUUGAGCUUUACUGAGUCAACCAAGCCAGCCUUUAGAAAGAGCUAUGCUAAGUACAAGGCGCACAGUAGUGGACUUUACAACAGGGCUCAAAGUCUCGGUAUAAUCGAUCCCCUCUUCACACCCCGUGAGGUAGCCGACCACUACGAUUCUAUUCCUGCAUUGCCCUUUGGCCCACCACUACUUCUGGCUGCUUUAUUGGAUUUUGAAACCGCCCUCCCUCUUUACCAUCUGCUUUAG